AUGGCCAGAGUACGGGUGGAAAAGGCGGUUGUCGAGGAUAGCUCGUCCGCCGAGCAAGGCAACCCAGACGGACGACAAUGGGAUCCAAAGCUAGAGAAGCAAGCGCUGUGGAAAGUCGACUGUUCCGUGCUGGCUCUCCUGUUCCUCGGCCUCCUAGUCUUUCAACUCGACCGCAUGAACCUGGCCAGCGCCCUGACAGGAGGUUUCGCCAAAGAUAUCGGCAUCAGCCAAGACACAAUCAACCUCGGCAACCAACUCAUGUUCAUGGGCAUUGUCGUCCUCGAAAUCCCGUGCAACAUGGCUCUGCAACGAGUGAGCAAACACACCAGCCCCAAGCAGCAACAGCCCGACUCAGAUACUGACUCGAGCCAGUUUGGACCGCGAAAGUGGAUGGCCGCCCAGGUCUUCAUGUUUGGCGUCGUGGCAACCAUGCAGGUCUUCCUCCGCAGCCGCACCGGCUUCCUGCUGGUACGCCUCAUUCUUGGCCUGAGCGAAGCGGGCUACAUCCCCGGGGCCGUGUACACCUUGUCAACCUGGUAUCGCAAGCGGGAGCUGUCCCGAAGAGUCGCCAUUCUCUUCUUUGGCAUGUUUGGCGGCAAUGCCAUCAGUCCCCUCUUGGCGUCUGGUAUUCUGAAGCUAGACAAUGCCCGUGGCCUCCGUGGUUGGCAAUGGCUUUUCAUGCUUGAAGGGCUGUUCACCGUUUGCGUCUCGUUCCUCUUUCUCUUCUUCCUCCCUGGCUCUCCCGACGAGCCUGGGCCGCUCAUAGGCCGUGGGAUUAUUCGCAUUUCCAAAGACGAACAGGUCCUUCUACAGAACCGCAUUGAAGACGACGACGCGGAAAAGCGGCCAGGGGCCCAAGGGCUGGAAAUACCGUGGAGGCUCGUCUGGCGCACUGUCAAGCACUACCGUCGCUGGCCGCACUAUGUGUCGACGUUUGCCGUGUUUUCGACCUGGAGCCCCUUGACGACUUAUACGCCGUCAAUCAUCAUGGCUCUUGGCUUCGACCGCAUUGCAGCCAACGCUCUCGCGGCCGUGGGCGCCUCUCUAGCCCUCAUUGUUGUCUUCCUAUUCGCGUACAUGAGCGACAGGACGAACCUGCGAGGCGGGUCUGUGAUUGCCGCCCACGUCUGCUACCUCGUUACCUUGGUUGUGGCUCGCCAGGUUCAUCCUCUUGUUGGCAAGUGGUCUCGCUGGGGCUUGUGGACUGCGGUGAACAGCUUCGCCGUUGGCUAUCAUCCAGUUCAUAAUACUUGGGUUCAGCUGAACUGCAGGGAGCCGGGGGAGCGGAGCAUUGCUAUUGCCAUGUGGGUCAUGUCUGCCAUCAGCGGGUUGAUGGUAGGAACUCAAUACUUCCGUGCCGGUGAUGUCCCAUUUUAUCGGACUGGGCUUCGCACCAUGAUCAUCAUGGUAUCGGUUGGCAUCGUCUUUGCCGCUCUCCAGGAGGCUAUCUAUAUCAUACAUAACCGGAGGGUGGCGCAGGGGAAGAAUCGGGGUAGAAAUGGUUCGCCCCCAAUGAUAUAUGUGCCGUAG